AUGACUGCAAAACAACUCGCCUCAUCGGGGCUGUCACUGCCUAGUGAUACAUACAUUUACUCAUUGGCCCGCACAACGUCACUCUGUGCUGCCAUUUCCUCGGAUGAUUCACUUCGCUAUUUCGAUCCUGCAAACCUCUCGCUUGUGCAUACCGUAUCCAAAGCUCACGAGGGCAUCACAUGUCUAAAGGCAACUUCCGAUGGCAAAGGGCUGGUGACAGCGGGAAGAGAUGGUACAGUCAGAUGUUUGGAUGAAAGAGCAAAGUCUGCUGGUGUGCAAAUGGCUGAUCCUCGUGGAGCUGGUAUCUCUGCAUUGGCUUGCCGUGAUACGUUUAUUGCUGCCGGCACAGAAAGCACCAAGGAGGGAUUGGGAGACGUUAGCGUGCUGUUGUGCCACACCGAUACUGUCACUCAAGUCGCUUUCCACCCAACACAACAAAACACUCUACUCUCAGGGGCCACCGAUGGUCUGGUAUCAAUCUUCGACACGACCAUCUCAGACGAGGACGACGCCCUUGUUCAGGUUCUCAACCAUUAUGGCGCCGUGCACUGUGCUGGUUUCCUGACUGCCGAAGAAGUCUAUGCUGUCAGCACGGAUGAACAGCUUUCAGUAUACACACUGAGCAAGCCCACCGAUCCUGAAGAUGCCACUUUGCCAGUCACUACAUUCGGAGAUGUCAGAGAACAGCUGAAGAGCAGCUAUGUGAUUGACGUUUUCCCAAACUCGCCUUCUGCUUACAUCGCGACCGGAGACACCUCUUCCUCUCACCUCACUCUGGUUCCGCUGAACCCCAGCUGGUCUUUCGACAUGGCAGGCACAAUGGAUUUCCCUGGCGCACACGGAGACGAAAUCGUCCGUGACUUCCUGAUUGAUAACCACAAUCAACGUGUGAUUACCUGCGGAGAAGACGGACAAGUCCGUCUGUGGGCACAAGAGGCACAGUCUCAAGCAGCCUCAGCAGAUGCCAUGGACAUUGACAAGAAAAAGAAGCGCAAGGACAAGAAGAAGAAGGAUAGAUUCAACCCUUACUAG